AUGGUGAACUGUGCGCUCUGCCACAACGCCCCGGCGACGGUGUUCUGCUUCAACGACAACGCCCAGCUGUGCACGGGGUGCGACGUCCAGAUUCACAAGACGAACAAGUUGACAUGGCGACACCAGAGAGUGCACCUGUGCGAGAUGUGCGAGGGAAAUCCGAGGCACGCGGUGGUGUUCUGCGCGCAAGAUAAGGCGUACCUUUGCCAGCAGUGCGACGUCUCCAUCCACAAGGUGAACAGCAUCGCGGGCAACCACGAGAGAAGGGCGGUGGGCCCGUUCACCGAGGAGCAGCUCGCGGGCAGCGGCGGAAGCGGCAGCCUCGGCGACGACCAGUUCCUGGAGCUCCUCGAGUCCGGCGGGCCCGGCGGCGACGCCUUCGUCGGCCUCCCCGACAUCUCCGAGGACGGCGGCUUGUGGGAUCCCAACGGAGCAGAGUCGGGCGCUUUUCUCGCCGAAGUUGAAGCCGGCGACGAUCACGCAGGACGCUCGUCGAAGGACAAGAACGCGCGCGCGAGCGGCAACAACGCCGACGCCGCGCGCCAGCCGACCGGGUCGCAGGGCAGCCGCGGCAGCGGGGGCAGCGGCGGCGGCGGACGAGCCGGGAGCUCGCAGGCUUCCGGCGCCGUCGUGGGCGGUCGAGCGUCAGUCGACGGCGCCACCGGCGGGGGUUCGCAUCGAGGCGGCACAGCUGGCGACGGCGAGUUCGCGCUCAACAUUGACGACUACGCGCAGCUGGACCGCAUGGGUAACAUGGACGAUCUGCUGGGCCCGAUCCUGGACGACGGCGCGCUGGGCGGUCCCGGCGGGUUCAUGGGAUACGAAGGACAUCCCGGGUUUCACCACAACUCAUCAAUGGGGGGCGCGAUGGGGGGAGCGUCGGGCACGAACAAGGCGGGCACGAACGCCCCGGGCGGGAUCGGGAGGCAGUUCGGGCAGAUCGCCCAGUCGCUCAGCGGCGACCGGGGCGGCGGCGCCGUCAGCGGGGGCAGCGGGGGCAGCGGCGGGGGCGGAGGGAAGGGUGCGAGCGAGGUCAAGUCGGAACCCACCAACCGGGGCGGCGGCGGCGGCGCGGCGCAUCAGAUGCCGCCGCACCAUUACAUGCACCACCCGAUGGCGCCGGGUACGCACGGCAUGCCCCCGCCGCCGAUGAUGGGCGGACCGGGCGGGGGACCGGGUGGGCCCAUGCCGCCGGGCAUGCAGGCGAUGCCCCCCGGCACGCACGGCAUGCCGCCCCCGCCCGGCGCCAUGGGCGGCCACGGACCUCCGCCCGGGCAGCCCGUUCAGGGACCCAACGGCGUCAUGUACUUCCCGGGCCCCCACCUGCCCGUGCUUCACCUCGCGAACGGGGGAUCCAACAAACCCCCGAGCCGGUUGGAGCGCCUUCGCCGGUGGAAGGAGAAACGGAAGAACCGAAACUUCAACAAGACGAUUCGGUAUCAGUCGCGGAAAGUGUGUGCCGAUAAUCGUCCGAGGAUCAAGGGUAAGUUCGUCAAGGUUGGAUCGACGCCCGACUUGGGAGCGCUGGACUUGCUCGGGGACGACGAAGGGCCGACGCAGGCUGGGCCGGAGACGCUCUCGGACGUGGAGGAGGAUUCGUUCGACUCGGAUCCGGCGCCGCCGCCCGGAGCGUUGGCGAGAACCGCGGGGCUGCGCAGGGACGGCGGGCUGACCGCGGCGAUGUCCGUCCCGGACCUGAGCAGGCUGGGGUGA